AUGUCCCCCUCCGACAGCUCUGGAAGCCUGCCUGGCGACUUGGCGACCAGGACGAAACAGCAGACCACCAGUCGCAUGAUGAAGACCACAAGGCGCGGUCGUCCGUACGCGAAAGACUGCCACGACCUCUUCGCCACGCUCAUCGUCUCGCUCGAGCUUGGCACGCAUCGCCAGUACUUCAAGACCUACCACAACUCCUUCACCACAGACGAGGCCGCCGAGAACCUCUCCCAUCUGAAGUUUUCUCAGUCCAAUCGUGUCCCCGAUCCAAACGAGCCCAGUCGCGUAGUCACCACUACCACCACUACCACCUUCAGCAUGAACCGCGACAUGGCCAAAGGCAUCUGCCAGCACUUUAUGGACGCUCGUCUCAUUGAAAAUGCAGGCGAUACCACCAACCCCAUCUUCAAGGACAAAGGCGUCUAUAUGCUCACCCCCAAAGGACUUCACAUCCUUGAACGUUUCAUCACCAAGAACGGCAUCAACGGCGACCACCUCCUCAAGGUCUUCUCGUCCCAACCCAUUUGUAUGAAGCUGCUCCACCUCGAGAGGCGCAUCUCGGACGACGAGCUGCUCGUCAACACGCCGGUGCUCGAGGUUAUAUUUCGACGCUUCGUCGGUCGCUCGCCCAACUACGACACUUCCUCAGGCGCUGGCGUCAAACAUGACCACGCCGAUGCAACCGUCGAUCGCACCUUGGGCAUCGAGAUGGCCGAUGUACAGGAAAAAGUCAAAGGUCAUGGACUUCGCACCGUGCAGCACACAUUCAAUUCCAUGGGCGCGCUCGACUGGCUCUGCGACUUUACAACCGUCUGCGGCAAGGACGAGGCGGCCGAGAUCAUGGCGCACUUUCAACGUCUCGGCUUAAUUCAUCUUGUUAUUGACAAGUCCAAGCGCGAGAUGGAACCCUACGACGACAGAGACGUCAUCAUCCGCGUCGAGGAUGGACGUGGCGGCACCAGCGACGGACACUUCCGAUGCCAUUACAAAAGCAUCUAUGGCGUGACCGACAAAGGUCGUCAAGUCGCUCGAUGGGACGGAGCCGAUACGCCUCCAAGUUUAGGCAGUCCUGCCAGGGACAUUGCACAUCGUCCGAACGACGCCAUCGCCGUCCACUCCGGCAAGCACAGCAUGAGCCAAGCAUCGCGCGACGCCGACAGCACAAGCUCGCAAGACUCGCGAAACGCCCGGCAGCCUUCCACCAAGCUUCGAGCCGAGCGUGGCUCGACCCCGGCGGCAGCCUCACCUGCAGGCAUCGGCCAGGGGCUGCACGACUCUUCCUCCUACAGCAGCAGGGACAGCAACACCAAUCGACUCAAGAACAUCCUCGAAGAACCCGCGCUCCGUUCGCUCUUCCGCGAGUUCUUGCGUCAGAACUUUUGCGAAGAGAACCUCAGCUUUUGGCUCGACGUGCAAGACUUUAAGCGUCGCUUCCACACCACCUCGAGCGCCGUGGCCGUGCAGACGCCCGUCAAGGACCACAAGGGCGGCGUCGGCCGUCGACUCGGGCGAAGCGUCACCGGCGCUGCGAACAAGGACAAGAAUGAACAAGAUUCUCAGGGCUUGACAGCCAUGGAGAAGCACCAGCAGGAUCUGGUCAGCAUGGCAGUCGUCAUCUACGACACGUACCUCGCGCCCUCUUCGCCUUGCGAGCUCAACAUCGACCACAACCUUCGCACCGAGCUCAUCCUCUACAUGAAUAAGGUGCUUGCAGAAGCCAAGGUAUCGUCGGCGUCGAUUCACAGCGCAUCUCCGUCUGCCUCGACGACGCAGCUCAACGCCGGUUCGGUCGGCAGCGAUGCGCCGCACGGAUACACGGGCGAAGGUGCGUCGAUCGAAGAACGAAAGGCCGCCGUGGUUUCGAAAAGGCUUCGAGUGCCUCUACACGCCAGUCAGCUGCAGGUGAUGGUCCGCCUGUACGAGCGCAUCCAGGACUACAUCUUCCGUCUCAUGGCCACCGAUUCGGUGCCGCGCUUCAUCAAAGACGCACGCUUCAUCCAGCUCGUACGAUCCGUCGAGGAGUACACGGAAGCGCUCGAGGCAGGUCGCAUCGAUCCAGAGCAGAAUGCAGGGCCGGCUGUGGGGCGCGCCGUCUUCGAAGCCAUGCAGCUCAAGUCAGCUGACAUGCUGGCAUCCAACAGCAACGACGGACGUCUUUCGCAUGAGUCCGGCGCAUUCCGAUCGAGUCCGCAGAAGUCGCCGCCGAAAGCGUUGCCUGAACGCGCUGCUAGCGGAGUGGCUGUGCCUUCUGCUCACCAUGCUUGA